ACGUUACGUGUAAAGGGCUUGGACACAAAAGUAGCCCUGUGCAGUUCCCGGCGCUGUCUCGGUGAUGCGUGGAAAUAAGACGGAUUAUUAUUUCUUGACCAUACUACUAUAGAUCCCAGAUUUAUUAUUUUUUGUGUAGGAUGGAGAGCCAGGUGUGGAUAAAGCGAUGGAGAUGCCUCGCGUCCGUGGUGGUUUUUGUAACGUUUUGGAGCGAAGCCUCUGCUCAGAUCAGAUACUCCAUCUCCGAAGAGGUGAAAGAAGGGAGUGUUGUUGGAAAUAUCGCGAAAGACCUUGGAAUUGACAAGGCCACGCUCAAAGAUAGAGAGUAUCGCAUUGUCGGCAGUUCAACGGAACCGCUGUUUCGUUUGAGUAACGACGACGGCAUCCUGUAUGUCGGCAGGAAAGUGGACAGGGAGGAAAUCUGUGAACGGAGCAACGCGUGUAUAAUCAACCUUAAAACCGUGCUGGAAAAUCCUCUGGAAAUCCAUUAUGUGGCUAUAGAGGUGCUGGAUGUGAACGACCACUCCCCCGUGUUUGCCGAAAAGGAGAAACGACUGGAGAUAUUUGAAUCGACGUUACCGGGAGCGAGGUUUCAGCUCCAACCUGCACGCGACCCGGAUGGCGGUCAGUUCACGGUUCAGCAGUACAGACUCAGCCACAAUGACCACUUUCGUUUGGAGGUUAAGGAGAGGGGCGAGGACCGUAAGAUGCCCUUUCUGGUUUUACAGAAGCAAUUAGACAGAGAGGCUAUGAGGCGGCACAAGCUGAUGCUUACCGCUAUUGACGGCGGGAGGCCGGCGAGGUCUGGAACAAUAGAAAUCGUAAUUGAGGUGCUCGAUGUGAACGACAACUCACCGGUUUUUACAAAAGACGUAUAUUCUGCUACUUUAAAUGAAAACUCAGCUCCUGGCACGUUGGUUAUUCAGGUUAAUGCGACUGAUUUGGAUGAGGGUGCAAACAGUGAAAUCGUUUACUCAUUUGGUAAAGAAGUGGAUUCUCAUUUACAGAAGCUAUUUAGCAUAGACCCAAGUACGGGUGAAAUUAAAGUGACCGGUGUAAUUGAUUUUGAGGAAAGUAGAAGCUAUGAAAUCGAUGUACAAGCUUCAGAUCAGGGCAGUGUCACCUUUUCCACAGACAAAACAGUGAUAAUUAAAGUAAUCGACCUUAACGACAAUCCUCCAGCGGUUGAAGUUACAUCAUUUUCCAAAUCAGUCCCUGAAGAUACUAGAAUUGGAACAACAGUAGCUUUGAUCAGCGUCAGUGAUUUGGAUUCAGGCCUCAAUGGAAAGGUUUCCUGCUUUAUACGUGAGGAUGUUCCAUUUACUGUAUCUCCAUCCUUGCAAGAUAAUAUGUAUGCCAUAGUAACCAAAUCACCAUUGGACAGAGAAGAAAUGUCUUUUUAUGAACUUACGAUUGUUGCAAAGGACAGUGGCGAGCCGUCACUCUCAUCUGAAAAGACAAUAAGUGUGGCUGUUUCAGAUGUGAAUGAUAACGGACCACAGUUUUCAAUGAGUCCAUAUACAUUCUAUAUUACUGAAAAUAAUGACUUAGUCCUGCCAGUGUUUUCAGUGAAGGCAUCUGACCUUGAUGAUGGUGAUAAUGCGCGUGUGUCCUAUCACAUUCCAAGGGACAGCAGUGGCAAUAGUGCGGGCGUGUUUUUAAAUAUUAACUCUGAAAGUGGGGAUAUUAUGGCGCUAAAAAGUUUUGACUUUGAGACUCUGAAAACGUUCCAGUUCCAAGUCGUGGCCACAGACUCUGGAACUCCGUCACUGAGCAGCAACGUCACAGUGAACGUGUUCAUUCUGGAUCAGAACGACAACGCUCCAGUCAUCCUGUAUCCAGUCAGCUCCAACGGCUCUGCUGAAGGUGUGGAGGAGAUUCCCCGCAAUGUGAACGCAGGACACUUGGUGACUAAAGUCAGAGCCUAUGACGCUGAUAUAGGAUAUAACGGCUGGUUACUCUUUUCACUGCAGGAAGUCACUGACCACAGUCUCUUUGCUUUGGACCGCUAUACAGGACAGAUCAGAACACUUCGCUCAUUCACAGAGACAGACGAGGCUGAGCACAAACUGCUCAUACUGGUCAAAGACAAUGGGAACGUUUCCCUCUCAGCAACAGCUACUGUGAUUGUCAAAGUGGUGGAGCCCAAAGAGGCUUUUGCAGCCUCUGAUGUCAAAAGUGCAGCCAAAGAUGAUGAGGGGAAUGAUGUGACUUUUUAUCUCAUCAUAACUUUGGGCUCAGUUUCAGUCCUUUUCCUCAUCAGUAUCAUCGUGCUGAUUGCAAUGCAGUGCUCCAAAUCCACAGACUAUACUUCUAAAUAUCUACAAGAGACUAAUUAUGACGGGACACUGUGUCACAGCAUCCAGUACAGAUCUGGAGACAAACGCUACAUGUUAGUUGGACCCAGAAUGAGUAUAGGAUCUACUAUAGUCCCUGGCAGCCAUGCCAACACACUGGUGCUCCCUGACAGGAGACGUACAUCUGAAGAGGUAAAGUUUUUAAAUCAAGCUUUUUUGGUGACACAGUGUGUGAAUGUGUGUGUGGGCUAAAGUUGUGGGCUGUCUGCUGUCAUAUUAACAACACAUUCUCUUUU